GGAAAUAUCCAACAUUGCCCCCCAUCGUUAAAGACGGAUUUAUUCAUACCAGCUUCAAGGUGUUGCGGGAUUUCGUGAAGGCAAGAUGGAUCCCCAUGUUGGCCAAGAUAAAAAGAACAUUCCAGAGGAACCACCGUGCGGAGAAGCACAUCAAACGCGAAUGGGCGAAUGCGUUUGGCGAGGGCACGUCCACAGCUGGUGGAGAUGGAGAUGACGCCCGGAAGAAAGUAUCCAAACCUUCUACUUCUAAACAUGGGAAACAGAAAGCAGAAAAAAAGCAUUCAGCCAAACAGCCAUUGCCUCGCCAGGGUAGAAGCGAAGACGCAUCACGUGACUCGACUGCGGACCAAUCAGAACAAGUGGAUCACGGCGACAGAAAGAAAACGCCAAAACUGAACGCAGCCGUCGUGAUAGACAAGUUCGACGGAGUUAUGUGCCUCGUUCCUGACUACGCCGAAGACAAAAUGUCGUUUUCGCAAAGCACUCUGGGUAAAAACAAAAGUCAGGAAAAAGUCACCAGCACGGAUACCGACCGGCGCGCUAACCACGCCCAGAAUGAGUCAUUCAGCGAAACGGUGAGUCACGACACGCUCCGGUUGUCUCGGAUCCUGGAGUAUGAAAUCAGCCGGUCGACCGUGACGGCAGACGAGGCGGCCACAGAUCUCAUGUGCGGUGACCUGAACAUGAUCCGUAAAAAAUACAUCAACGCGGCCUCGAACCCACCGCUUCCAUGUCCCCCCAAGGCAUCAAAGCCUCUCCGCAGACGCACGCAUCCUCCCGAUGAGACUUUUACAGAAUCUGGCACCGGUACUGGUGAUAAGGAAACCAAAUCCAUCUCUCACGAGUCGUAUAGAUGUCAAAUCGAGUUGUCUAGCAAACCUUAUGAAAUCAGCACGUUUCUAAAUUAUAAAAAACAAAACGUCGAGGCUUUAAAGACGACUAACCCGCCUUCACGAAAAGAAGCCCCGACAACAGAAGCCACCGGAUAUCCACAAUAUUGGAAUUUGCUGCCUUUUCAGGCAGACGAUAAAAAUGUUCAGAUCUUUGAGGAGAAGAUGCUGAAAAUAUGCACAAAAUCAAGUGUAGUCCCGUGUAGGACGACAACGACCAAUGAUAUAUUUCAGCCGACUGAAAGCGAUGGCGUAGUCACAACCAGCCAAAGGGUCUCAACAAAGUACAUCCCCGAGCUCACUAGCGUCAGCGAUACCCAGGAUACGACGGAAGUUGAACGAGCUGAGGAGCACAUAACGCAGCAGUUGAGGCGACACAAAGUGACUGUUAGUGGCCAAAACAUGCUCGAAACGCAUAAAGCUAAAGACAAACUCGAGGUAAAAAAUAAUGCCAAGGCCAUCCCAGAUGGAAAACCACCACCAGGAAAACCAUCUCCCAGAAAACAAUUUUCCAGGAAGUUCCUAUACGAUAAGGCUGCAGGCAAAACUAAUUUAAGCUCGGCGGCUUAUAUUGAGAAAAUGGAUGUAUUCCCUUUCCCGAAUCAAUCCCAACGGAGUUUUUACCCAACUAAAGAUCCUGCCGAUAAAUCCAGCUCUGUUGAUACAGACACCCACAAGCGGGAAACUAGUUUUGCAGACGAUGUAUCUCACUGCGAAACCGCGACGUUAAGAAUACCAACCCCUAAAUCUUCUAUAGAGGAGCGCUUCGUGAAGCGAGCUCAAGAUGGCGUAAAAAAGGAAACAAAACAACCGAAGGUAACAGAAGAGCUGCAGAGGAAACCUCCUAGAAGACACCAAGAGCAGCAUUACCGCGAGACCGUUGACCUGCAGCCGACCAAGAAAAGAAAACACGAAAGGUUGACCGGUUCCGCCUCGUACGUCAUCUGUUCCGAGCCACACCUCGGUGAAGAUCAAAGUACAGAGAACAUACUUGAUGAUAAGCUUCGCGGAAACGACGCGAAGAGAAGAUGGUCUACUAAAAACAUAACACAACAAAGCUCGCCAGAAGACUCUCUACCAGAUAAAUUGUCUUUCGAGCAGGUUUUUGGAAACAACAGAAUCCACCAUGAUAAAAGAGUUCCUGGAAAGAGCGCACAUGGAACGAAAGCAAAGGGUAAAGUAUACCGUGGUGUUAAAAAAUCAGAUAAAGCUUCAAAAGUCAUUACCAAAGCUAAGUCUUCCCCAAUUAUGUCACCUAAAGGUCUUAAAAGACCUAUAGGCAAGACUUCGAACAAAAGAGAUUCAGCGAAUGUUUUGGGCAAAAGACAUUACAAGGAAUCAUUCAGCAAGAGAUCUCCAGAUUUCAGCACUGACAGAAAAUCUUCAGAUAAGUCCUCUCCAAAUGUUGCCUCUGACAUUAGAUCUUCAGACAAUGCAUAUUACAAACGAUCUCCAAAUUUUGGCUCGGGAAGAUCUUUAGACAAGUCAUUGGACAAAAGAUCUCCAAGCGUUGCCUCGGAUAUAAGAUCUUCAGACAAAGCAUCGUACAAACGAUCUCCAAAUUUUGGCUCGGGAAGAUCUUUAGACAAGUCAUUAGACAAAAGAUCUCCAAGCGUUGCCUCGGAUAUAAGAUCUUCAGACAAAGUAUCGUACAAACGAUCUCCAAACUUUGGUUGGGACAGAAGAUCUUUAGACAAGUCAUUGGACAAAAGAUCUCCAAGUGUUGCAUCGGAUAUACCAUCUUCAGACAAAGCAGCGUACAAACGAUCUCCAAACUUUAGUUUGGACAGAAGAUAUUCCGAUACAUCCUUGGACAAAAGGUUUUUGGACAAAGGAUGCGACAACAUAUUUUCCGAUAAGACAUGGGGGAAACGUUCAACAGAACAAGCAUGGGCCAGGGCUCAGUCCGAAGCAAAUAUCCAACAGAAAAUUCUGGCUUUUUCUUUAUCUAAACAAUUAAAUCAACUUCGGCAUCCCAACUUUCCACUUGCUGGGACUUCAAAGAAACGGGCUGGGCCUUUAAAAAACACAAACGCUUACCCCAAACAUACAAGUUUUUUAGAAAUGUUCAGGAAUGAAGACAACCUCGGCUCUUUUUUCCACGGGCAUUCUCAGACAAAUUCAACACUUGGGUCGUCUCAGCGUCCAGACUCCAUCGUCUGCGAGAGUGAGAAGACCACCGGAAACGAUUCGCUGGGCACGACAACGGUCGAUGUUCUCAACUGCCUUUUGGAGUCGGCCUGCAACUUAAAGAAACUCUACGACCAGGCCACCGUAGAGACGCCCGCGACCGUUGGUGCCAUACGCAGGAAGCACAACAACACGAAGUUCCAGCCGUACUCCAACAUUAGGUCAAUACGCGAGGGUUUGGUCAAGAUGGGCAAAACCCAAGAGAGAAAAAACGUUAAAAAACAACAAAGAGACGAAAGUCGUAACAAAAAAGCAUAUUCCGAAUCAGUAAAGUUUCUUGGGCCAAUGAAGGGGAAAAUACCGUUAACGGAAAAACCUGACCUUGAAAAUCGGAAAAAAAUAAAAUCCGCGCCACCAAAACCAAUACUGACUCAUAAAGUCAGCAAAGAUCACUUUAAACGUGCACAUGCAUUAAUAACACAACCACAAGGCAGAAACUUCGUCCACGAAUCUAAACCUUUACUACAACGUCCAAAGAUGUCUAUCAACACACUGAAAUACUUUAACCCCCUUCGCGGCCAAAACCAGCCAACACAAAAACAAUUAUCUCCAGAUCAUAAAUUGAACAAGAUACCAACUGCCGUUGAAAAACUCAACAAGACACCCAACCAGAAUUUGAAAUCCGUAGAAAGCGAGGCGUUGAAAGCUCAGCAAGAAAGUCCACUUAAAUUGGAACUGGUGAAGUCGUUUUUUAAUUCCCUUUUACAGCAGAAUAACUCCCCCCUGCUAGACGCCACCACCAGCGGGGAUAGCGCGGAAAUCGUUCGCAACGUUUUCAUGGUUGAGAAGUUGAACUCGAUUCUGGACGACGAUGGGUGGGGCGGGAAGAACGAUCUGACGGCCGUACCGCUGACUCUGCUGGAUAAAGGUACGCAUCAGCAGCUGAGUAUUUUAUCUAUGCCGACGCCGACUCUAGUUUCUCCUACCUACUGCGAUGGGACAGAGGAAAAGGAGACGAUUGAAAAAACAGCUCCAGUGAACUUAAAAACGAGAUUAAACCAACAGGAUCCGCAACGAGUUGUGCCAAAAAACAAUGUCGCUAGUGAACGAAACAAAAUUCAAAAACACAGUAGGAUUCCUCUGUAUAAAAGAUCUAACAUGCGUACUGAAACAAAUGAAACAAAGACUAAACAAAAUUUUAAAAGUAUCAUUAGAAAUUCAGAAAAUAGUCUUUCGCGGCAGUCGAAUGUGGUUUCAUCGGACAGGAAUGUUAUUCCCAAGUUAGCAUUUCCUACUAAAACAGGUGACGUGAAUACCUCAGAAGAACCGCCUCGUUCAGACAACACUUCUAACAACCUACUCAGAAAAAGUAUGGAUAAAACCAUCUCAGAGAAUGUGUUACAGUCUUUGCAGUUGGAGCAGCUCAUCAAAAGAGCCGAUCAGAUGAUCUCGAAAUCAAUUAGUCCGAUUCCAAAAAGCGUGCAAGAAAAGGUCUCGGUUAGUGAGGAGAGCUCCGUGUUGAAAAACAUACUACCGCUGCUGCUGAAGAAAACCCAAGACUCUACCCACAUCACACCAGAGAACAGCUCACACAAUUCUGGUAAAAACUUAUCCAGUGGACAAAACCCAGAGCCAAAUGACGGCUCGGGUCGAAGUGCAACAAAACUUAAAGACUCGUCGUGUGCAUUGUUGAAAGCCGCGACGCUAAAGAUGGAUUAUUCUUCUAAAGAAAACACACAAAGCAAGGACUUGCCAGCAGAAGAGAAAAAUAACACAGGACUUUAUAUGAAGGUAAGUAAUCUAAGUGGAGCGAUGGAAGAAACUGGCACCCCACCUAGUCAGCUGACUGUUAACAAUAAAGACGAUCCAAACAGUUCUCCGAUUUCUAACAAAAGACUCCGACACAUCUGCAGCCCCGACGCGUGUCGACUGUGUGGGACACACACCCAGGACAACACGACAUGCGAGAUGGGGAACUGCAGCCAGAUGACGUCACACCUUCAGUACACAAUCGACACGGAGAAGCUGCUGGCCCGGCACCACUCACACACGAAAACACACGAGAACGGCGUGCUGACACGCAAACCCAAACCUCAACACAGCCAGCAAGACGUGCAGGUCUUGGCGCCCAAACCCCAAGCCAGUCACCACAAUCUAGGUCUCGUCUCACCCGUCAAGCUAACCAGCCAGCAUAGUGUAUCGCCGCAACGCCAAACCAGCCAUCAAAAUUUAAAGGUGUCACCCCAACACCAAGCCAGCCUUCUGAAUCUGAAGGUGUCACCACACUCCGAAGCCAGCCUUCAUAUUCUAAAGGUGACACCACUCUCCACGGCCAACCAUCACAAUCUGAAGGUGUCACCGAGUAUCACAACCAGCCAACAAAAACUAGAUGCCCUAUCACAGAAACAAGACAACGAGGUCGUAUUAUUGCGCAGCGCACACAAUGUAACCCACACGGUACCUAAUCCUAACCUAAACUCCAAAUUAGCUGAAAAUUUGGGCAAUAACCUUCCUUUGGACGAAAAGAAGAAACCGUUAGAAAUAAAAGGCAACUUAGAUAUCAAAAGGCAUAUUUUGCAACAAAUAAUAGACAGCAUAAAAGCUCAGAACACCUUGUUGAGAAACCAGCAUAUGGAUCCAAAUGGUAACAAAACUCAAGAGAACUCACCCAACGGUAUUAAGGGCGAGGAAGGUCCGGAGUCAAUCGAACCUCAGCAAGCUUUUCGAGAACCUUCGCCCAUGAAGUGCCAAAGACAACCAAGUCUACCGGCGUCAGCGAGACUGGAAUCCGGGGAACUUUUAUUAGCGUCCCUGAUGGGGCAGAUAUUUUGUAAGUCUGAACAGACCAGCCCGGUGAAGAGCGAGAGCCAGAGAACCAGCAACACACCCGUGCCAGGGUACCAGCGCUCCACCAAAAGCUACACCAUGAAAAUCAACAAGGACUCGUCCGCAACCAAAUCCAAGACGUCACAAAAAGAUAUUCAAAACAACGUUAGCCACAUCCCAGUGUACAGGCCACGCCCCAGGGACGCCCACAAAACAGCUGCUACCUCACACGGUGGAAGAACCACAACUCAUAUCUCGACAUCUAUGUCAAAACUGGUUAAAAGUUUUCUCAUUAUUUCUGAAGAAGCUACACGAACGCAGUCAAAAAAUGCUCACCCGGGUAUAUGGCCCAUAAAACGGGAAACCACACCCCAGAUGUCUUCAACCCUCAGACCGCACACCUCUCAACGCAACCCAGACACACAUUUACAAAAGCAAAUAAGAACGAAUCCUUUUGAUAACAGAAGACAAAAACCAACAAAGCUGAGUGUGACUGAACCCAAAAAAGCUACCUUUACCAAACACGCCUCACAAAGAUAUCUCACAAAGCAAACAUUAAAUAACAACACGAUGCAUUUUGGCUCACAUUUUAAAAAUGUAAAACCCAAAUCUCCUAUUUUUAACAUCAAGCAGGCUUGGCAUAAAGCUAAGAUGCAUGCUAAUGAGCAGGUUGUUUUAAAACAGAAGCCCAAAGCUUAUAAACCCAACCUCCUAUAUCAAAUGCAGCCUAGACACUCUAUUGAAAAUAAAACUGAUAGUCUAAUCAACGGUAAUAUUGGCUUCAUUAACCGUUUUAAAGUACCUAAAAACGACGCCAAAAGUAUUCAUCAUACAAAACAGAGCUUCACGAAACAAACUAAAUUAUCAGCACCUUCGAGAAGGCCUGACAUGGAGGACCCUAGGGGAUCUAAGCGCGAGAAGGUAUUCGGUAACGAGGCUAAAUAUAAACAACAGCAGUAUAGCAUACUUCACGAAAAGCUGCUCAACGCUCGGAAAUACAGCGUGCACCAGCACAAACAUCACGCCACGGCAUACGAGCAAAGACAGCAGCCGGCGAUCUCCUUGAAGAGACACACGGAAUACCAGCACAGGCAACAGAGAGGGAAAUCCCCGCCGACGGACACUGCAUACGAACAGAGGCAUCAACCGGAGGUUUCCCCGCACAAGUACCACGACGGUACUCACCAACACAGGCGCGAGCAUGUCUCCCCGCACGUCAACAGCGCCAUCUCGCGGCAGUUCUACGUCACGAGCCAAAGCCCAAAGAAAUGCUCCACUCGAUCUUCGCAACGACGUUCCGGCGAUUUCUCGCGCUCUGACCAGACACCAAGCUUUGAGGAGAAUGGACUCCGUACAGUUAUAAAAUCUAGAGCUGUACUAGACUCCAUCGCACGAAAUGAAGACAGGAUACGCAAGGCUAAAGGUGCCAACGCCAAGCCAACGAAAUCAUAUUUCGGCGGGUUCAAGAAAAGAUUCCCUGCUCUAAGAACAAGCCCGAGUAGUCACAUGGCGUCUGCUGAGCACAAGACAAUCGACCCUAACACACGCCCUAAACCCGACAGGAUAUCAAUGUACGAGGUAAACAAACGAGAAACCAAUCCCCAUGCUAUGUUUAACACACCGCUGCGCACUUCAUAUGAGCCAGUCCCAAAAUUUGUCUUCGAUAAAAAACAUUCAUACGACCUCGAGGCAAAACAAGAGCAAGACAAUGCAUUGCACAACUAUGACCGGACCCAACCUAAAAUAAUGAGCCCCAAAAUGCAGCCAAUGAAAGGCUUUUCUGAAGUUUUUAUUAACUAUCACUGCAAGAGUUUGUUAUCGGACCAAGCUAGUUUCUUGUUGAAGUCGGCAAGUAAAAGUCCUCCUAUACCAGCUACAGCGUCAAGCAGUGAAUACGUGCAGAGCAGACAAAAUAAAGUUCCUGAUGUUGCCGCAGAAACGUCUUUCUCCAUGGUAGGGCAACAUGUAAACAGAUAUGAGAGGACAUUACAAGAGAACAAAAUUAAAUCAAUGGGAGGGAACUACCCGAAGAGGCACGAGAGAGCAUUUGAAGAGGAUAAAUUUAACUCAAUAGGAAUGAACAACAGGAAGAGGGACGAUAGGACAUUUCAAGAGGAUAAUACGACUUCAUCGGGAGUGAGACAUCUGAUGAACACCGAUAGGACCUUACAGGACGACAUAGGACAUGUCACCGACACCCACCGCCCGGCUGAGCUGUACGAGAAAUUAUUUCGAAGCGCCAUCAAGAAGAUGAACAACUCCUCGGACACGGUAACUCUGGGGAACUUCUUAGACGAGACGUCGGAGAGGAACACAGACUACGAGCUCCGACAGUACCGUACAUUGUUCAACGAGGGCCGAGAGGAGCAGAUCAUCGAGGGAGAGAGGAACAGACCUUAUCGCAGUGCCAGCAAAACAGAUUCGAUACCUUGUUUGGCGAGCUCACCAAAGAUCUCUGCCAGUAAACGCGCUCCAAGACGCAAGCCGAAACAGCGAAAGAAAAAGAGAAUGUUUAUCGGGUCGGGUAAAGGAGUUUCCCCGUCAAAUGAUUCGGGUAGUCAGUCAUCAGAUGGUAGACGCCCUAGAGAAAAGCUGGCUGAUUCCACGACUCAAUCAUCGCGGUCUAAAACAACACUUGAGACACCAUCAGAGGAAACAUUUAUCAUGAAGAAAAAACACGGCAUCGAUUCCAGAAGAAGCUUUAAGAAAAGGCAUUUAAACAUAUCCACUGAAGAUAUGUCUCCUAACAUGAAUGGAACCCCGACUGGAAAGCCGUCUUCCUAUAAGCGGAGAAGAUAUUCAAAAGACGCAGUCGGUUCAACGUCACCAAGAAGUCCCAAGGAAUCAAGCUUAGCCUCGAAGAAAUUGCCCAAUCGGAAACAUUUUAAGAAAGCUCGAAAAUAUUAUGAAGAGCUUGGAAAUAAUGCUCAUAAAUCGCUAAAGAAGAAAAAAAGUUCUUCAUUGAAAAGUGAAAGCUUUCCUCAUCUUCUGUCGUCGCCUAGCAGUCCUACUCUUGACAAAGGGGACGGCAACAAGACCGUUGACUACACCGAGAAAUCAAAGAACUCUAGAGCCAACAUCUCACCAAAGGAUGCCUCGCGCCCCACGUAUGGAAAUUUCGAGAACAACUUCAAAGUAGUUACUAAAUCUGAAAAUGAAAUGAAUGGCGUGAAUAAUUCGGAGAGGAAUUCCGCGAAGUGUGAUAAAACUGUUCCCGCCUUGAAUUCUAAAGAUAUAAUUACGAAAGUUAUAAAGAAAGAAACGUCUAAAGAUUCUCCAAGUUCUGCUGAUAUAGUCGUCAGCUGGCUCGCCCAUGCUCAAGACACUGAGGCCUCAAUGGACAAGUUGACAAACCCAAGCAUCGACGACAUCUUGUCCUUGCCAAAUAUUGAUAGAAAAAGUUCAAGAGACAAAGUCGCCAGCAAAGAUUCCAUUCCGAAGCCAAACUCGCCUAAAUCUACGCAGAACUCCAUUUCAAAUGGUCAAAAGCUCCAGGACCACCAACGGAGCUUGGGUCAAGAGCAUCACCACGAUGCGACACCAAGAUCAAACAACAACAACAGAAUCGAUGACUUUGAUCAAAGUGCAAGGAACGACAACGCCGGAAACGACGCAGUCUAUUGGUGGAGCAGGUUUCCAAACUUCACGGAUGAUCCCGUGACACUGCCGAGGAAAGUUAGACCUCUCUCUAAAGACAAGCGGAGACUAGCAACAUGGCAAUAUCCCAAAGUAAUACAGCAGGCUAAACACUAUCCCAUAGCGACCGAGCAGGUUAAAGAUUAUCCCAUAAGAGCAAAACAGGUUAAACAAUAUCCUAUACAGACACAGCAGGAUAUAGAAUAUCCCACAUACACCAACCUCAAAACAGCCCGUGAAAACAAACUGACACACAUCAGUACAGAAAACACCAGAAAUCAACAUUUCAGCGCCGGGGUGGGUAAAGAUACACAAAGUCGAAAGAAGAAAGGAAGCAAUAUGGAAAAACUAGCCCAGAAAAAUCUUCCCAUAAAACCCAUGGCUGUAAAACUGGGAUAUGGUGUGAGCAUGAAAAUCAACAGGGGCUUCCGUGCUUUGACUGGUAAACCUAAUGAGGAUAUCAGAAAUCUCAGAGAAAGUGUUGAGCAGAAAGAUCAACGGGUGGGUAGAAAUGAAGACAGAAGUGACGAAAUGGAAAAUCAAAAAUAUGGAUUAGAACAUGAAAAAGUUGUGGUAGGAGAUCGAAGAGGUAGGGCGGAAGAGAAAUAUAAAAGAAAUGUCUUUAACCCUUUGGAGUAUAUCGCGCAUUCGUAUUCAAAACUUCGACCAGCGGAAGUAACGAAAAACUAUAUCUCGAGGAAUAUAACUAAAAAUAAUAACUUCUUUACCUCGGUAGAAGGUUGUAAAUCAGAUACGAUAAAUACCAAAGCAUCGCCUGCAACUUACAGAACCGAUGACAAACAGACGACUCGAGCGAAUUCGACGGUGAAAACAGAAGGGGAAGAAACAUCAUCCAAAGAAGUUAGGGGCGAUGACGUCAUCAAAGUGGCGCAGACUGAAAAAGGUGACGUGAUCGCUGGGGGAGAUGUGGGACAGGGUGUGACGUCAUUUAAAGAAAUCUGCCUGAACUGGUAUAAACCUGCCACAACCUCACAAUACCCCAGCAAGUCGACACUAUGGACACAGAGCAAAUCAGACAGUGAUGGCUCUACGGGGAAAUCUUGUACUUGGGAGGAAGGAAAGGCUAAUAAUAGUUCGACUAAAUAUGAAGUUGAGUCUAAUGUUUGGGAGGUUGAAGGAAGUAAAAAUACGCCAUGGCUUGCAAGCCAAGUUAGCAACAGUACACUGGAUGGCGCCACUGAGACCCAUUUGUUGAAUUAUGAGAAAUCCAACACUAGUACGCCACGGGUCGCCAAAGAAUCUCAUUUGUUGUGUCCAGGCUUAUCUAACAAUAGUACACCACGGGUCAUCAAAACAGCUCACUUGUUGUGUAAAAACGUAUCUAUUAAUAGCACACCAAGGUUUACCAGCGAGGCGCAUCAGAUGAAUUCAGACAAAGCUAACAAGAGCACGCCCCAACAUGUUGGGAAGCUGGGUCUGUGGCGGGCAGGCAAAGGUUGCACGAAUACCCCACAGCCCACCAACAGAUCUACCCUACCUGAGGACACCAGGUCUGUGUGCAACAGGAAGAGAAAACGAUAUGAAAAAGAAGACAGGAACCCCUCCCAACACAGCAUGAUUGUCGGUUCACGUGAACCCGUUGAGGGAAAGAACAGGGCGAACGAUAUAUCUGACCCCAUUUACAGUCAACAGAACGGGGUACCCAGUAGCCCUCAUCCAUCUGAUACCUACUGCGAACCUCAUAGAGAGCCCACUACACCUGACCACGCCCACAGAACCGCCCACCUGUCCCACAAACUCCCUACAACUCUCGACUCCUUCCAAACCCCGGAGUCUCCAGCCAAGCAGGAAAUUUCGCCAUUUGAUCCCCGAUUUAUUCCAGCAAAUUCUAGCAGUCUCUUCUUCCCCAAACCCGAUACGCCAAUGACUUCUCCUAACUGGGAUAACCACUCCCCCACCGAUACGUCAAGCUCUCCCCAUUACACCAACGGCUGUGAAACCUACAGCAUCUCCCAAGAUUCCACGCCCAACAAUACUCCCCCGCCCUAUCAUUCAACAUCCAGCACUUGUAUACCCAGCCAAGCGUCAUUCAACACAUCUUCACCCACCAGUACACUCAUACAGAACCACACCCCCACCCUCAGACACCAGCACACCUCUACACUCAAUCACCAACACACCCCCACAUCCCACCCUCAGUUCACCCCCACAUCCCACCCUCAGUUCACCCCCACAUCCCACCCUCAGUUCACCCCCACAUCCCACCCUCAGUUCACCCCUACCCUCACACUCCAACACCAUGCAACCCCCACAUUCCAACAUCAUUCCACCCACACUUCCUACUAUCAGCACACAUCUACACUCCACCAUCAAUCCACCCCCACAUCUCACCCUCAAUUUAUCCCUACAUCCCACCACAAGCCCGCCCCCACAUUCUACGAUCAGCCCGCCCCCACAUUCUACGAUCAGCCCGCCCCCACAUUCUACGAUCAGCCCGCCCCCACAUUCUACGAUCAGCCCGCCCCCACAUUCUACGAUCAGCCCGCCCCCACAUUCUACGAUCAGCCCGCCCCCACAUUCUACGAUCAGCCCGCCCCCACAUUCUACGAUCAGCCCGCCCCCACAUUCUACGAUCAGCCCGCCCCCACAUUCUACGAUCAGCCCGCCCCCACAUUCUACGAUCAGCCCGCCCCCACAUUCUACGAUCAGCCCGCCCCCACAUUCUACGAUCAGCCCGCCCCCACAUUCUACGAUCAGCCCGCCCCCACACUCGCCCAUCAAACCACCCCUACACUAGCCCAUCACCCCACCCCCACACUUUACGAUCACCCCACACCUGACCAUCACCCCACCCCCACACUCGACCAUCAACUCCCCAACCUCCAAAGGAAAUCCGGAUUUUCCUAUCUAUUCUCGGACCCCGUACAAACGAAUGAUACCCAGACCCAAGAGAAGUAUCCCAUAAUCCGAGUCAGGCCUGUGAAAGAGGAUACUAUGGUGGGGAGGAUAGUUCGAAUGUUCGAGAAAAAACUUCAAUUCAGACCUCGACCCAAUGUUAACUAA